AUGUUGCGCGAAGCACUUAAUGUGCCGGAUGAACUGCACCUGCGGUGCUGUGGAAUCACCAAGCUGAAGAAAUACUGCACGAAACCAAUCAGCAAGGCCAACCGGACCAGCAUCAAACAGCUGCUCAGUGAUGCAGUCGCUGCCGGCAGCUGGAGUGCCGCGCAACAGUUCUUGACACGUCUGGCUCAGCUGGUCCUAUGCCAGGGACCGCAUCAGGUGCAGGGAAGCAAGCUUUUAUGUUCGUGGCAAGAAGCAUUCGCCGAGGCAGAGAAGCGGCCUUCAGCAGGCGAACCUGUGACCAAAUUCACUGUCACUCCAACUGACGGCGCGGCGAUCAAGCACGAGCCGGUAUACAUCCACAGGUACAUAGCAGCUACUGCCAAGCCUGAAGUGAGUACCAAAUCCGAACCGGAGGAUGAAGAGCGAGAUCUCUCAUCCCUGUCCGAGGUGCAAGAGGAGACCAGGCCGACACACGUCUUUGUCCCAUACGGCAAGCCACGGACCCAGCAUAAAAUCAACAAGAUCAUUAAAGGCAUGCUCGGAAAACCCCUUUCGCCAACGGAGAAAAAGAGUCUCUCCAAAUCGGGCGUCGUCUACACGUACAAGUUUGCCGAAGAGGCUGGCUCCGAGAGGCCGCACCUCAAAAUUGGCUACACGGACGACCUCGACCGUCGCCAGAAGGAAUGGAAGCGCAAGUGCGGCUAUGAAAUCAAGCGAGUUAGCUACACACCAGCGAACCUGUACCCGCGCGUGGAGCGCCUCGUCCACGCGCAGCUCUGGGCGCGCCGAAAGCGCGAGGAGCAGUGCCUUGGGUGCGGGGGCGGGCACAAGGAGUUCUUUGAAAUGCGGCUGCACGAAGUUAACGCGGUUAUUGGGCUCUGGGCUGAGUGGAUGGAGCAUAACCCGUACGAUGAGUACGGGCUGCUCAAGACAGAGUGGCAGGAGAAGUUGCAGGAGGUGGACUUAAACGAUCCCAAUUGCUGGGAGACUUUUACGGCAAAGUUUUGA